CCUGAAUAAUGAGCAUACCCAUGUAGAGAUGCUUGCAGCGGACUAGAACCGUGAGCUUAACUUGCUGGCAGCGUAACCCCGAUACUGACCGGAGAAGCCAGUCCAGGCCUUUCUUAAUAUUGCUGCCCUUUACGUCCGCAGGAUGAUAGGCAGUGAAUAUGACUUCAUCGAGUUGUAAAGCAGGUUUCACUGAAGGUCCGCCGUCACCGUGAUCAUGUCUGUGUAUCUUCGCAGUGCCCAGCACUUUCGUGGAUACGGGAAGCUUGAAGGUAGUCGCUCCGACUGGAAAACGUCCAUGGGAUUCCGGCAGAAAAAGCAUGAAUGAUGCCGCGAGCACUCAGUAGUAUAUGUCACGGUAGUACUACAUCAUCAAGAGCUUACACUGAAGUCCCGAUACAAUCGUUUCCCAUUAUGGUAACAAAGUUUUGAACCCUGUUGGGGCAGGAUUUUGGUUUUGAUCCAUCACUCACCCAACCACCCAAUCAGCUUGAUGUCGACCCAGCCUCUACUUCAGCGCACAGCUUCAAAGCGCAUCGCACUCCCGGUGCGCGUAGAGCCCAAGGUCUCGUUUGCCAACGAGCGUACCUUCUUAUCAUGGCUCCACUUCACAGUUGUCCUCGGUGGCCUUGCGGUUGGGCUGCUGAAUUUCGGUGACAAGGUUGGGAGGAUUAGUGCAGCAAUGUUCUCUGUCGUUGCCAUGGCUGUGAUGAUAUAUGCGUUGUAUAUAUAUCACUGGAGGGCUGCUUCCAUCCGCAGGGGAGGGCGCGGACCUUACGACGACCGACUUGGACCCACCAUUCUAUGCUCCGCACUCCUCGUCGCUAUUAUCGUCAAUUUCGUGUUGCGGUUCACACAGACGUAAAAAUACGGUGCUUCUGAUGGCGCUCGAUCUAUUGGAUAGGAUUCAGGAUUUAUAUCAAAUUUAUUCUUGUAUAGCCUCUACGAGCAAAC